AUUAGAAACGGGAGAUAAGAUUGGAUAGAUGAUGUAAAAACUAUUAAAUGACUUUUUUGCCCUUUUACAAUCUCAAAUUAGAUUAUGCAUUAUAUUAAUUAUAUAAUUACAAAACUCAAUUAUUUUAAUUAUAAUGAAACUAUAAUAAUUUAUUUUUCAAAAUUGUUUGAUGCCAUUGGAUUGCUUUAUUCCACACCAUUGAAUUGGGUUGGUGGGAUUAAAACGGUGGGAGUAAAACCGUGCGUUCCCAACUUCCAAAAUGACUCUCUCUUUCUCUCUCUCUCUCUCUCUUGGGGGCUCUGAGACUCCACUCUCUCACCUCAAUCUUCGCUGCCUCCUAUUCCUCCGCCACCAUCUUACAACACUCACCGUCAAUUUUUCAGUAGCACCAUCGUCUCCGCGUCCUUCCGCAGCGGCUGACCGCCGCCAAUUUCUUCGCCAGAGCUCUACUGAUCAGAACUCUUUUUGGGCGUACCACUAUGUGAUUCAAUCCCCAUUUGUUCUUUGGACUGUCGAGAGGCAUACAACUUCUAUGCAUGGUCUUCAGCCUAUGUAUUUCCUCCUUGCUGCUGUGGGCAAAAAAGUGGCUACUGCAAUAUUAUAUCCAAGAGAAAAUGGGAAUCGAAUUUAUAGACCAUACCAAAAAUUCAUUCAUAGCUAUGGCCAGUGGUUAGGACUGGAUGGUAAUUUGCAGUGGACUUCAGAAACUGCUUUGGUUGUUUGGCUAAAUGCUGCUGUGCACAAUUUCUUUGUGCACAACAGCACUCUAGGUGUGGGUUGCAGCUGGUAUUUGACAGUUAUUUUAGAUCACCACUUAACUGGUUUAAUGGAACAAUGCCUCCAAAUAUUUUGACACUUGAUCAAGUUGAUCUCAAAGCAGGAACUUCAUGGUCCAUGUUAUGAUCAGCGAAAAGGGAUUGGCAAAGUCAAUGAGCAACUCAUCAUCAACCUCUCAAAGGCUGCUCUUGCAAGACGCACAAGGGAACAAGAUGCAAAACAUGAUUUAUGGGGACAACAUUGAGAUCCUUGCCAACACAUUGAAACUCUACCAUACAUAUGCUAUAACCAAUGCAAUUGUGAUGAGAAUCAAGGAACAACUCCGUUUCUUGAACAAACUACAUCAGUUGGUCAUUAGUGCAAAAUCGCCUGUUGAAGAAAUUAAAAUUAAUGGCUUUUCCCAAAAAUCACUUCAGUUCAAUUUCACUCCCUUAAGUGAUAUACAUGCUGUUCAAAGAACUGAUGUCAAAAUAGAUGCCUUGUUCGCUGUGAUGAAUGUUGGUCCACACAGGAAGACAAAGUCAUCAUACGUAGUUGAUCUACGAGUCAUAGAUGCAAGAUUUAAUGUGGAAAUCACCAAUGAAAGUGGAUUGAUCCCUGCAACCAUAUUUGCGGAGAAAGCAGAACAACUUUAUAACAUCACUGCACCAGAGAUGGUCAAUAAUACAACCGAUGGUAAUAUGUCAGUUGAAAUCAUCCAAAAGCUAUCGACUCCAAUAAAAUGGGCUAUCAUGCUGAGGGCAUCAAUGUACACCUAUGGAACAAUUAGCCAAUGUGUAUUCAGUGUGCACUCUAUCUUCAACACAAUUUCUGAACAGCAAGCACUUGAGGAAGUGUCAAGCUGGAAUCUAGAACCAAAAGCCCCAAAGAAGCGUGGAACAAGAACAAUCUGCACAACAAAAUCACCAAUAAAUGACGCCACCAUGGAAGAAGAUGGAGCAGCUGAACCUUCUAAGAACAAGCAGAAGAAGGAAUAGCUCUACAAAUGAAACCUUUUGGUAUAUCUCUUGAAAUAGUAGACGUUGCAGCAGAGCUUUUGGUGUCCAUGCUUUGCAGCCAUAUUUACUAUUCUAGCUCCAAGACUUUCCUAAAACUAAAGGAAAAUCUUUUGCUUCACGUCCUUCGCCUUAAAACUCUACCAAACUCUUUUUCAUGUAAUUAACUUGCCUGUCACUUCAACGUCUUGUAAAUAUAUGAAGACUGCUUCCAAAACAAA